CCAUGGCCAGUCUCCUGAGCACCCUCCAGCACCGCCUCGACGACCCCAGCAUCCCCUGGAAGACCGUCGUCGCCGCCUCGGUCCUCGCCGGCGAGCUGUUCGAGGGCUACGUUGGAUCUCGACAGCGCCGCUUCCUCGACCCGAUCCUCCACCCGACCCUCCCCGCCUCGCUCAAGCCCUACCUCGCCGCCGACGACGCGCAGACGACGUACAGCAAGAGCCAGGCCUAUGCGCGCCACAAGAUGUCGUUCUCGUCGGUCGUGUCCGCCAUCGGCCUCGUCGAGUCGGUCAUCCUCCUGUCCAACCUCUCGCAGCCUGUCCUCGCCUCGCUCGGGUUCAACGUCGGCACCGUGUCCGACUGGACGCUCCUCAAGGGCUUCUGGGACGCGGCCAAGUACGUGCCCGGCGUCGGUGUCGGCGGGCCGAGCGAGAUCCGGCAGACGAUGGGCUUCAUCGCCCUGUCGACGGUCGCGAGCACGGUCCUGUCGAUCCCGCAGGACUACUACCGCAACUUUGUCAUGGAGGAGAAGCACGGCUUCAACAAGAUGACGCGCCGUACGUUCAUCAAGGACCUCGUCAAGGGCCUCCUCGUCUCGCUCCUCCUCGAGGUGCCCCUCCUCGCCGGCGUCGUCAAGAUCAUCCACUGGGCCGGCCAGGACGCCGUCCUGCGCAUCGUCAGCUGGACCAUCGGCUUUGUCUUCCUCGUCCAGCUCGCCAUGAUCGUCGUGUACCCUUUCGUGAUCGCGCCCCUGUUCAACAAGUUCACGCCGCUCGCCGACGACUCGCCGUUCUACCCGCGCAUCAAGGCCGUCGCGCAGCGGGUCGGGUUCCCGCUCGACGCCGUCUACGUCAUUGACGGCUCGACGCGCUCGAGCCACAGCAACGCCUACUUUGUCGGCGUCCCGGGCCUGCCCAAGCAGAUCGUCAUCUUCGACACCCUCCUCGAGAAGAGCACGCCCGAAGAGGUCGAGGCGGUCCUCGCACACGAGCUCGGUCACUGGAAGGGCACCCACAUCGUCUACCUCCUCGUGACGAGCCUUGCCCAGGUCGCCUUCUCGCUCUCGAUCUUUUCCCUCCUGCUCUCGAACGGGCCCCUCCUCGCCUCGUUUGGCUUUGCGCCCUCGACCGGCUCGACCCUCGCCGCCAAGGUCGCCCACCCGCUCUUGCCCGCACCCGUCGGCCCGACCGUCGUCGCCCUCUUCCUCGCGUCGACCCUGUUCUCGCCCCUGUCGACGUUCCUCAAGUUCUGCACCAACUCGGUCACGCGCCGACUCGAGUACGACGCCGACGCGUUCGCGGCCAAGCUCGGCGGCAGCUACGCCCGCAACCUCAAGAAGGCGCUCGUGACGAUCCACGAGAAGAACCUGGCUGUCUACGGCGUCGACCACGUCUACUCGGCGCUCAACCACAACCACCCGACGCUCGUCGAGCGCCUCGAGGCGCUCGACGCCAAGCUCGACAAGGCGGGCGAGAAGAAGCUCGAGUAGAGACGAUGACGAGCGUGGUGCGCGGCGCUGGAAUGAAUGCUGUCGCUCUCUC